CUCGGUGUGUGACUUGACGGCAGGUGGGGGGGGAUGAAUCAUCAGGAGGAGACAGGCUGAUGAGACGCUCAGAGGACAUCUGAUCUGAUCUGAGACCGGCCGCUGUCAAACAUCUGCAGACUCACGGCAGCUGGUCCCUGGACGGACUGCGGGUCCCUCGUCCCGCCCUGGUUUUUUCCCCGUUUCUUGCUAUUUUUCGGGCGGUUUGUGGCGUGAAUGAUGCCGGACCAGAUCUCAGUGUGUGAGUUCCUGUCGGAGACCACCGAGGACUACAACUCCCCUACCACGUCCAGCUUCACCACCCGGCUGCAGAGCUGCAGGAACACCGCCAGCAUCCUGGAGGAGGCUCUGGAUCAGGACCGCUCGUCUCUGCAGAAGGUGAAGAAGUCGGUGAAAUCCAUCUAUAGCUCAGGACAAGAGCAUGCCGGGAACCAGGAGAGCUUCAGUCAGGCUCUGGAGAGACUGGGAGGAAACAACUCUGAACUAGGAACCGCCUUCGUUAAGUUCUCCUGCCUCAUUAAAGAACUUGCUGCUCUGCUCAAGAAUCUGCUGCAGAGUUUGAGCCAUAAUGUCGUCUUCACUCUGGAUUCUUUGUUAAAAGGAGAUCUGAAAGGAGUUAAAGGGGAUCUGAAGAAACCUUUUGAUAAAGCUUGGAAGGACUAUGAGACCAAGUUCACAAAGAUCGAGAAGGAGAAGAGAGAACACGCCAAACAACAUGGGAUGAUCCGGACUGAAAUCACCGGAGCUGAAAUCGCUGAAGAGAUGGAGAAAGAGAGGAGGCUGUUUCAGCUGCAGAUGUGUGAGUAUCUGAUCAAAGUCAAUGAGAUUAAAACCAAGAAGGGAGUUGACCUGCUGCAGAACCUCAUCAAGUAUUACCAUGCUCAGUGCAACUUUUUUCAGGACGGUUUGAAAACAGCCGACAAACUGAAGCAGUACAUUGAGAAACUGGCGGCUGACCUGUACAAUAUCAAACAGAGUCAGGAUGAGGAGAAGAAACAGCUGACGGCUCUCAGAGAUCUCAUCAAGAACUCCUUGCAGCUGGACCAGAGGGAGGAUUCCCAGAGUAAACAGAGUGGGUACAGUAUGCAUCAGCUACAGGGAAACAAGGAGUUUGGCAGUGAGAAGAAAGGAUACCUGCUGAAGAAGAGUGACGGGCUGAGGAAGGUCUGGCAACGGAGGAAAUGUUCAGUGAAGAGCGGCGUCCUCACCAUCUCUCAUGCAACAUCCAACAGACAGCCAGUCAGACUGAACUUGCUCACCUGUCAGGUGAAACCCAGCACAGAGGACAAGAAAUGCUUUGACCUCAUCUCCCAUAAUCGGACAUAUCACUUCCAGGCUGAAGACGAACAGGAGUUUGUCAGCUGGGUGUCUGUGCUGACGAACAGUAAGGAGGAGGCCCUGAACUUAGCGUUCCAGGGCGGAGGUCAGAGUUCAGGUGUGGAAGAAGAGGAGGAGCUCACCAAGAGCAUCAUCGACGAGGUGUUGCGUUCGCCAGGCAACGACACCUGCUGCGACUGUGGAGCUGCAGAUCCUCGCUGGCUCUCCACAAACCUGGGUGUUCUGACCUGCAUCGAGUGUUCAGGGAUCCACAGAGAGAUGGGAGUCCACGUGUCCAGGAUCCAGAGUCUUGAACUGGACAAACUUGGAACCUCCGAGCUGCUGCUUGCUAGGAAUGUUGGGAACUGUAGUUUUAAUGAGAUCAUGGAGGCCAGCCUAACGUCUCCGUCUCUGAAGCCGACAGCCUCCAGCGAUAUGACGGCGAGGAAGGAGUUCAUUAACGCUAAGUACAUUGACCGCAAGUUCGUCAGGCGCACCGUCUCCACGGCAACCAGCAAGCUGGAUGAGCUGUAUGAAGCUGUGCGAUCCCGAGACCUGCUAUCAAUCAUCCAGCUGUACGCUGAGGGGGUGGAGCUGCUGCAGCCUCUUCCUGAACCUGGCACGGAGGCAGGAGAGACUACGUUACAUUACUGUGUUCGCACAGCUGAUCACGCCUCCCUCCACCUGGUCGACUUCCUGGUCCAGAACAGUGGUCACCUGGACGGACAGACAGACGGAGGAAACACAGCUCUGCACUGCUGCUGUCUGUACAAUAAACCACAGUGUGUGAAGCUGCUGCUGAGAGGAAAACCUGACAUCCACAUCACCAAUCAGAGCGGAGAGACAGCGCUGGACAUUGCCCGCAGACUAAAGAACUCCCAGUGUGAAGAACCGUUGGUGGAGGCCGUGUCCGGCAGGUUUAACCCUCAUGUUCAUGUGGAAUACGACUGGAACCUCAGACUGGAUGAACUGGACGAGAGUGAUGACGAACUGGACGAGAAGCCCAGUCCAGUGAAGAAGGAGCGUUCUCUCCGUCCUCAGAGUUUCUGUCCAUCCUCCAGUGUUUCCUCUCAGGAGAAACUCUCUCUGUCAGCCUCCUUCAUUCCUCCUCACAGGGACAAGCAGCGUCUCUCCUACGGAGCAUUUGCCAACCCCAUCUACAGCACCUCCUCUGACACACCUCCUUCCCCUGGACCUGACACCUCAGGACCUUCCCUGGCUGCCAGGAGACAGGGGAAAGGCCCUGCUGCCGGCCCACCCACCUCCCUCCCCCUAACCUCCCAGACCAGUGGAGGAGGAGGGUGCGGGGCUUCAGGAGGAGGAAGCUCCACCUUGAAGAAGAGACCGCCUCCCCCUCCACCUGGGCACAAGCGCACCCUGUCUGACCCCCCCAGCCCCGUCCUGCAGGGACCGGCAGGUAAAGGAAGCGAGAUGAUCCCCCCACCUGGACAUAGGAUGUCACCUGCCAACAAGUUUGAGGGAAUCCAGCAGCAGCAGAGUACGACCUCCAGUAACACCAAAUCCACACUGGGACCUAGAGUUCUGCCCAAACUACCUCAGAAAGUGGCUCUGAGAAAGAUUGACACCGUCCACCUUCCAUCUCUGGACAAACCCAGCCAGACUCCAGACCUCCUCCACAAACCUUUCUCCUCCUCCUCUUCCUCUUCCUCCCCCUCCUCCCAGCCUGACCCCCAGAAGUCCCCUCCCUUCAUCGAUGCCUCCCCUAAACCCCCCCCCACCCCAGUGGAGUCCGCCCAGAGAACCCCAUUGACUGAGAAGCCCAACCUGUCCGACCUCCCCCCGAAACCCGUCCUCAAAGACCUACCCCCCAAACCCCAGAUCACAGACCUCCCCCCCAAACCAACCCUCAGCAACAGGCUUGGCCCUGCCCCUGUUGCUAAAGGGACACAGGGAUCCAAGAUGGUGGCAGAUGCAGCAGAGAUCCAGUCUUCUGUCCAGCAUGGGGAGGGGUCACCUGGAUCCCCAGGUGAAGACAAUAAUGAGUCACCGUCCGGAGCCAUGGAGAUGCCCGUCCCUCUGCCGAGGAAAAUCAACUCUGUGUUAAAGUGUAAAAUCCGGCGGGUGAAAACCAUCUACGACUGUCAGGCAGACAACGACGAUGAACUGACCUUCGCUGAGGGAGAAACCAUCAUCGUCACUGGAGAGGAGGACCAGGAGUGGUGGGUAGGUACCACUCUGCUUCAUCAUCAGCUUCAUCACUGUCACUGCUACUGCCGGAUGUACUCAGCUUCACUGGUAAUGCAAAGGACCCACAGGCAAAGUGAAGGCAAAAAGUACAUACAGUCUAUAUAUACUGUAUAUACUCUGACUUGUCCGUUUCUUAGGACCACUGAGAUAAAACUAAGUCAGUCUCAUCAACAGUCCUGUGAAAAUCCUCCUUCUAAUGUUCAGUUUGUGUUGAAAUUGUUUCAGAGGUGUUGAUUCACCUGUGUGAUCAUUUUGGAGGCUGUAGUUUGUGGUGAGUGUAUACUCUGUAGACAGGAC